GCCGGCUUCAUGCUGCUGGUUCUCUUUAGCUGACUGGAAGCAGUGCAUUUCGCUUACUUGAAGAUGGCUUCGUCCUUUUGGAAAGGCGUUGUUGGUUUAGGACUGUUCGCCUUGGCCCAUGCAGCUUUCUCAGCAGCGCAGCAUCGUUCAUAUAUGCGACUGACAGAAAAAGAGAAUGAAACGCUACCAAUAGAUAUAGUAUUACAGACAUUGUUAGCGUUUGUGGUUACAUGUUGUGGAAUAGUCCACAUCUCGGGUGAGUUUAAAGACAUGGACGCAUCUUCAGAGCUUAAACACAAAACAUUUGAUACGUUGAGAAACCACCCAUCUUUCUACCUGUUUAAUCACCGGGGCAGGGUGCUCUUCAGCUCACCUGAGCCAGAGGUUCCUACUGCGGCGACUCAGGCUUUGCCAUCCAAUCCCCUGAGGUUACGCAAGCUGGAGAACUUUCACUGAGACUAGCCUUGAAAGGGGUUCCUCUUGCCUGUUUUGCCGUCUUUUUCUUCAUCUGCAUCAGUAAGCUCCUGGGUUGGAAUGGGCAUAUAAACCAUUUUUCCUUUCACUCCUCUCUGUGCAUAUGUCAAUAUGCUGUACAAAUCUGCAUCUCACUGUGGUUACUACUUUGAAGUCUAUGGAAUGUGCCAAUUCCUUUUUUUUUUUUUUUUUGUUUUCCCCCAAAAAAUGAUGCAUUUGUCUUAAAACGUUUGAAAGAUGCACUGUACUCAAUCAGGUGGCACAAAAAGAAGGGAGAAGCUAUCCUUCUGUUUCAUGAGGGGCCCUAAUCCCAUCUUCUAUACCAUUCAGUUUGCCACAUGACCUGCUGUGCUGCCAUGUUUAACUGAAGUUUUUUUUUUUUUUCUUUUUCCUUCCCCACACCCUCGAAGGAGGUAACUAUUACGGACCAUUAAUUUUACUUGUGUUUAGAUAUGCUAUUUAUGACUGAUGGACUACACAAUAAUUUGGUAUGCAAAUAAUGCUAAGGUUCAUGUAAUUACUCAAUUUUUGCUUUAUCUGGGAAAUGAGAAAUAAAGAUGUCUAAUGACGCUAACAAUACUGUGAAUGCGCUGUGGGAAAUGAAUGGUACACCUGUUUUUUGGGUGGAUGCGAGUGAUGUUUCUUCCAUUUUGUUUUAUGUUAGAGUGCAUCUGAUUAUUUUUAACAAUAAAAUCUGAGAUUUUAUUGAUGAAA